GGGGUGUAGAUCCUCGACUUGUAAGUUCUGUCGGGGAGCUGGAUUAAUUUACGUCGUAGUCGAAAUGUUGCUCCACGAUCGUUUAUUAUUGGCCGCAUUGGCCAUCUUUUCGCUUUCUACUGGCACUUUUGCGGCAUCGCAAUCGUCCGCAAUAAAAGAACUUUCGCAGGUUGUGAUCUACACUCCGCCUUCCACUUACACGGACCCGAGAGUUCUGUAUGCGCGCACAGCGCAACUCCCGAAUGACGAUAUCCUAGCAACUUGGGAGAAUUAUAGCCCGGAACCCCCUCCGGUAUACUUCCCCAUCUAUCGAUCUAGCGAUAAAGGCGCCACGUGGACGAAGAUCUCUCAAGUCGAGGACCAAGGAUACGGAUACGGAUUACGGUACCAGCCAUUCCUCUAUGUGCUGCCAGAGGAUUUCGCAGGUUACAAGAAAGGGGAUGUGCUACUAGCCGGUUCGUCGAUCCCGACAGACCUCUCGAAGACUCAACUUGAUAUCUAUGCAUCUUCGGACAGCGGCAAAACCUGGAAAUUCCUCAGCCAUGUUGCUGCCGGAGGCGAAGCCAGGCCGAACAAUGGCUUGACUCCUGUCUGGGAGCCAUUCUUGCUACUUCAUAACGGCAAGCUUAUUUACUAUUACUCAGACCAGCGAGACGCGAAACACGGCCAGAAGAUGGUCCACCAAACUACCACUGACUUGCGCAACUGGGGUCCCGUAGUCGACGAUGUGGCUUAUCCUACAUACAGCCAACGUCCGGGAAUGCCAUCAGCAGCAUUACUCCCGAACGGCCAAUACAUCUUCACGUACGAGUACGGCGGAGGCCCGAACCCAGCAAACUCGGGUUCCUUCCCGGUCUACUACCGCCUCUCCAGCGAUCCCGAGAAAUUUAACAGUGCGACUCAUCAUGUUUUGAGGACUACCGAUGGUACGGUUCCAACCGGCUCGCCAUAUGUCGUAUGGUCCUCAGCCGGCGGUGAGAAUGGAACGAUCAUCGUGUCUUCGGGGUGCUGUUCUGAAAUCUACAUCAACAAGGUGCUAGGAGCUGAAAAUGCGUGGAACAAGGUAUCGACGCCGGAGGGAGCUUCGUAUACCAGGUCUCUACAUGUCUUCCAGGAGGAUCCCGAGUCUCUUCUGAUUGCGGGAGGGGGUCAUUUACCCCCGAGCACAACUAAUAAGGUCACUAUUAGUGUGAUGAAUGUCCCAUGAUCAUUUAGCACUAGGAGAAUUAUAAUUUAAUAUUAACGCUCGAUGCAAUAGCUAGCGUCCACGAUAAAAUCGUAUAGAUAUAGUUCUACUUGAUAUUAG